GCAGCACCAAACUCAAAUUCAAUCCUCGUUAAAACCCAAGAAAAAAGACUCAAGUAAAAAUAAAGAGACGAUUUCUCAUUUCCUACUCCGUCAAAACAAAUUUUCAAUCCAGAGAUUUCAAAAUCAAGAAUAACAAAAUCUUAGAAAAGUUUAAUUAUCAUCAUCAUCAUGUCGAGUUUAAUGGUUCCUCCUGUGUUACAAUCACCUCGGGAAGACGCCACCCAACUCUACCGAGCUUUCAAAGGAUUUGGUUGCGAUACGGCCACAGUUGUCAAUAUCCUUUCUCAUCGGGAUGCAACCCAGCGUGCUUUCCUCCAACAAGAGUACAAGAAUAUGUAUCAUGAGGAACUCACUAGCCGUCUUUCGUCAGAACUUAGUGGCCAUACCAAGACUGCUGUUUUGCUUUGGAUGCAUGACCCAGCAGGACGAGAUGCAACAAUAUUAAGGCAGGCAUUAACAGUGUCUAUAAAUCUCCAAGCUGCAACUGAAGUGAUAUGUUCUCGCACACCAAGUCAGCUCCAAACGAUUAAGCAGUUAUACUACUCGAAAUUUGGCUCUCGAAUUGAGUACGAUAUCGAAAUGCAAACAACCGGGGAUCAUAAGAAGUUGUUGCUUGCGUACAUAAAUACUGUCAGAUAUGAAGGUCUUGAAACUGAUCGAGCAAUGGUUGAGAGAGAUUCCAAAUCUUUGUUUAAAGCCGGAGAGAAGAGAUUAGGAACCGAUGAAAAGACUUUCAUCCAGAUUUUCAGUGGAGCAAGUAGGGCACAUUUGGCUGCUGUUAGUGCUGCUUAUCGAAACAUAUAUGGGUCACUUAAAAAGGCUGUUAAGAGUGAAACGUCUGGAAAAUUCGAGUUUGGUCUGUUGACUAUUCUAAAAUGUGCAGAGAACCCUGCUAAGUACUUUGCAAAGGAACUGUAUAAGUCAAUGAAAGGACUGGGAACCACCGACAGCACACUGAUAAGGAUUGUUGUGACACGGACCGAGAUUGACAUGCAGCAUAUAAAAGCUGAAUACCGCAAGAAAUUCCACAAGACAUUGGCAGAUGCAAUUCAUUCCGAGACGUCAAGCCAUUAUAGAACCUUUCUGCUUUCUCUUGUAGGUUCUUAGAUGUAAAUUUAGAGGCAGGAAAUAAGGUAUCUAUCAAGGUGCAGUAUUGUAAAUAUUUGUGAAAUGCUGCACAGCACAUGCUUGUAAAGAAUGGAUCCUUAAUUUUAGUUUCUUGCUAUCUGUAAUUUGGUUACGUUUGAACAAUAUUAUUAGUUUGAAUGACUCUAGUGUGCAACUGAACUCAGCCUGAUGUUUGACUAGUGAAGUCUUUUGCUCUUUUGUGUGUA